AUGAAAAUCCUUUCUUCAGUGGUAAUAGUUUCAAGAAAACUUAUUUUGUUGAAAAACAAUAUUAAUAAAUAAACUUAUAAAAAUAAUAAGAUGGGAAUUACAUGUUCAAAUCAAUAUCACUAAUAGAAGAAAAUCAAGAAAAUGAUUGGGUAAUGAAAUGACCUAUUUAUUUUAAGAGAUCAAUCAUUUUAAGCAAUUAAUAGUGUGAAAAGUUAAGCAUAAAAAUACAAAUGCUUGUUUUUUGAUUCUAAUAAGAAAAGAUGGCUAACAAUGGAAUUCUAAAUUAAUUUGGAUAAAAAAAAUGAAAUCAUAGAUCUAAAAGAUGGAAAAAUUAUACAAUUGUAAUAUCUAUAACCAUUAUAAUAGAAAUAGAAUGUUUUCUAAUUCAGAUGAUGAAAUUUUCAAUAAUUUAGAAUAAAUAAAAUAUCAAGAAUGGGUUGGAAAGUACAAUAAAAAUAGACAGAAAAUUGGUAAAUGGAGAGUUCAAUGGAAUGGAUAAAUUCUUUAAACUGUUGAAGGAUAUUACUCAGAAAUUGGUGAAAAGAUAGGUUUAUGGAAAGAAUUAUUUUAAAAUUACUGUAGGUAAAUGUUAACUACUAAAAGCAUUAGUUUGGUUCUUGUAUUUGCAGAAGGAGAAUAUUAAAGGGGAAAUAAAUAAGGUAUGUGGAAAUAGAUCAACUAGAAUAAUGUGAUGUAUUUUGUAAUAAAAAAAUUAGUGGUGGGGGUAGUUACACUAAAGGAUAAAAGAUUGAAAAGUGGGUAGAAUUGGAUGAAGGUUUUAAUUUGUAUAAAUAAGUCACUUAUAAUGGUGAAUAUAAUAUGCAAGGCAUGAAGAUUGGUAUGUGGGAUAGUAUGUAUUGUGUGGAUGGAGAGAAGGAAUAUAAAUAAAUGUAAGUAUUAUUUAAGUUCUAGGAAUAUAGUGGUGGUGGAUCAUAUGACUAAGAUGGAAAUUAGAAAAAGAUUGGAAAGUGGGUAGAAUUGGAUGAAGGGUUUAAUGGAAGUUUAUAUUCUUCAAGUAAAUAAAUCACUUAUAAUGGUGAAUAUAAUAUGCAAGGUAUGAAGAUUGGUAUGUGGGAUAGUAUGUAUUGCAGACAAUAUUAAAAUGAAUAUAAAUAAAUGUAAAUAUUAUUUCAGUAAAGGAUAUAGUGGUGGUGGAUCAUAUGAUUAAGAUGGAAAUUAGAAAAAGAUUGGAAAGUGGGUAGAAUUGGAUGAAGGGUUUAAUUUGUAUAAAUAAGCCACUUAUAAUGGUGAAUAUAAUAUGCAAGGUAUGAAGUUUGGUAUGUGGGAUAGUUUGUAUUGUAAGGAGGGAUAGAAGGAAUAUAAAUAAAUGUAAAUAUUAAUGAAGUAUAAGGAAUAUAGUGGUGGUGGAUUAUUUGAUUAAGAUGGAAAUUAGAAAAAGAUUGGAAAAUGGGUAGAAUUAGAUGAAGGGUUUAAUUUAUAUAAAUAAGUCACUUAUAAUGGUGAAUAUAAUAUGCAAGGUAUGAAGAUUGGUAUGUGGGAUAGUAUGUAUUGCAGACAAUUUUAAAAUGAAUAUAAAUAAAUGUAAAUAUUAUUUCAGUAAAGGAUAUAGUGGUGGUGGAUCAUAUGGUUAAGAUGGAAAUUAGAAAAAGAUUGGAAAGUGGAUAGAAUUAGAUGAAAGGUUUAAUGGAAGUUUAUAUUCUUCAAAUAAAUAAGUCACUUAUAAUGGUGAAUAUAAUAUGCAAGGUAUGAAGAUUGGGAAUUGGGAACAAAUCAAUUUAGAGUGA